GGCCUACAAUCGUGAUCGGCGCAAGCUUUCGUAGAAAAUCAAUUUCGGCAGCUCGAGUGAGUAGCCACCUUCUAGGUAUGGAAAAAUUUUUUUGUUUUUAACUGCGCCGCAACACAUAUCUGAGCUUUCGCCAUGGUGUAUGACUCUGACAGUCGGUCUUUCGAUAUUAUUUCGAUUAGAGUGCCCCUUAGUGUCUUCAACGAAUGGCAACAAAAAGCGGGGACGUUUGCGGUCUCGCCGGGCCGGCGUGGCAAGUGCCGGUGGCAAAUCCACGGUAAGCGGGUCUUUUACAAAU